AUGAACGUUGAUACACUACAGGUAAGUCGCUCAUGGACUUCCAACACAGACGCCCAGAGUGCCAACAAAAACCGGUGGUUCUUCGUACUCCAACCAUCAAAAUACGUCCUCGCCAAGCUCCGAAGAGAUAACCCCCCUAAUAUUGGCAACCUUUCUCAGUGGGAUGAAACGACUGAGGUGAUUCAGGUUGGCUUGUCUGAGGCUCCUUCACCAUCCUGCUCAGUGUGGUGA